GCGCUGCCGGCCACAUAUGUGGCGACCAUCAACAACCAUGUGUUGGGGAACCACAUGGCGGAGAAUUGGUGCCCAGUCAUCGUGGAGAGCGAGACCGGGAACCGCUGGGUGCUGCACGUGGAUCCGCUGCAGGUGCGCCAGUGCCGGAUGAAGCUUCGCCAGGAGCUCUUCGAUGUCCAGGAGAAGAGGGCCCGGAUGUUGCGGCGCAUCAAAGCCCUAAGGGCAGAGCUCCCGAAGGCGGACCCUAAGGAGCUUGCAGCCUGCUGGGCACAGGAGCUACAAGAGGCCCAGGAUCGGAAAGGCGAGAAGCUGCUCAGAGCCUUCCCGCCCUCGCGGCAUAUCACUGUGUUCCUGGAGAUCUCUUCGAACAUGGUGCAGCUGGAGUUGGUGUGCCGGCACUUGCGGGAGGAGCUGCCCAAGCAGAUAGAGGCCGCUGGGGCCGGACUCCUGACUUUGGUGGCGUUGGACGGAGGCGGGGUGGAGCCACUGGGCUUUGCCGAGAGCAGAGUUUACGUCUUAAGGAAGAAGGGUGUGGGGUACGGGUCCCACUUGGUCUGA